CCGCAGGAGUUCCCAUGCCGCUGCUUCUGCUGCUGCUGCUGCUGGCCACAGUGCAGACCAGGACAGGGGCAGUUCCUGUCCCCAGACCAGUCAGUGUCUCUCUGGAUACCAAGGAAUGUCAUAUGGCCAAGUUCAAGUCUCUGUCCCCACAAGAGCUACAGGCCUUCAAGACGGCCAAGGAUGCCUUUGAAGAGCAGCUCCUGCUGAAGGACUCCAGGUGCAGCUUGCGCCUCUUCCCCAGGACCUGGGACCUGGGGCAGCUGCAGGUGUGGGAGCGCCCCCUGGCCCUGCAGGCUGAGCUGGCCCUGACCCUGAAGGUCCUGGGCACCGUGACAGACCCGGCCCUGGGGGACAUCCUGGAGCAGCCCCUCCACAUGCUGCGUCACAUCCACGCCCAGCUGCAGGCCUGUGUGCCCACCCUGCGCACCGCAGCCCCCAGGCCCGUCAGCCGCCGCCUGUCCCACUGGCUGCAGAGGCUCAACCAGGCCUCCAAGAAGGCGUCCCCUGGCUGCCUCCAGGAGUCUGUCACCUUCAACCUCCUCAGGCUGCUCACCCGGGACCUCAGAUGUGUGGCCAGGCCAGGGCACUGUGCUUGAGCCCUGAGCCUCCCCUGCCACCUGCCAUGGAUGUCUACGUUGUAUUUCUGCGUCCAGCGUGUGCCUUAAUUUAUUGUGACCUAAUCACUAUUUAUUGUUAGCUUCUCCAACUCAUGUUCCAUUAAAUGUCUAUUUUUUUACUUUUUAUAAGCCUUUUGCAAAUAAAGAAUGAA